CCAGCAUAAAAAAUUCUGACGUGGACAUUGUAUACUUAGACUCAGAGAGGAAACAUGGCAAUCAUUCUAGACUUUAUAGCUCUGUUUUUCAUUGCCAUUUACUCAUACCUGGAGUCCUUUGUCAAAUUAUUUAUCCCAGAAAAAAAGAAAUCUGUUAGUGGAGACAUUGUACUGAUUACUGGAUCUGGACAUGGAAUUGGGCGACUUGUAGCCCUGGAGUUUGCCAAAUUACAAAGCAUUGUGGUGUUAUGGGAUAUUAACAAGGAAGGUGUGGAAGAAACCGCUGAUCUAUGUAGGAAACUGGGAGCAAAAGCUCAUGCUUCCGUAGUGGAUUGCAGUAAGAGGAAUGAUAUUUACGCUGCAGCUGAAAAGGUCAAGUCACAAGUCGGAGAUGUGGAUAUCUUGAUAAAUAAUGCUGGAGUGGUGUUUGGUGUGGAGUUUCUGAACUUAAAAGAUGACCAAAUUGAGAAGACAUUUGAAGUCAACAUCCUUGCUCAUUUUUGGACUACCAAAUCUUUCUUGCCUGCAAUGAUGAGAAAAAAUCGGGGACACAUAGCUACUGUGGCUUCUGUUUGCGGUCAUGUUGGGAUAACAUAUUUAGUAGACUACUGUGCCAGCAAAUUUGGAGCUGUUGGUUUUCAUGAGUGUAUGACUUCAGAACUUGCUGCCCUUGGAAAAGAUGGUAUUAAAACCUCUUGUUUAUGUCCCGUAUUCGUGGACACAGGAUUUGUCCAAAAGCCAAGUACAAGAUUAUGGCCUGUAUUGAAACCUGAAGAUGUCUCUAGGAGUUUUGUGGAUGGAAUACUAACAAAUAAGAAAAUGAUUUUUGUUCCUUCUUACGUGAAAAACUACCUGGUGCUAGAAAAAUUUCUUCCUCAGAGGGUAAUAGAAACAAUAAACAAGAUGCAAGAUGUAAAGUUUAGCACUGAGUUCAGAAGUGCAUCCAAGACAAAAUAACUUGGUUCUAAGAUUCUUGAUAAAAUAUUGAUAUGUUUUAAACAAAAUUAGGUAAUCCAUAGACAAACAAUAAACAAUUUAUAUCUUGUGUUUUGUUAAUAAUACUAGCCAAAUUUAUCAUAUAAUUUGCCGCAUUAUUUUGUUCAUAUAAACACCUUAAAGCAAUUACAUACCAGUAUAUUAGGCAGCAAACAAUAAUCUUAUCUAGUUUUUGUUUUUUGUCUAAAGGAAAACUAUGAUUUUUAGGUCAGAUUAGUUUUUCCUUUUUUUUUUUUUUAGUUUAUAGGUCUUUAAACUAAUAUUACAUAAACAACAAACGACAAAGGAUUCCCAGAGCACUAUGAGUUUUCUAAGUGAGAACACAUCAGAAGCCAUCUGCCUUUAUAUGAAACUGUGGUUUGCCCAUGUCGGCACUCCCUGUGGAUAUACUCACCUUCCAUUCCUCAUUAUUCCAUCUAACGGCAGGCAAAAAGUACCUGGUAGUAGUUCCAGGUAGGGGGCCUAUGUGACUCACUCCCCUUCCUCUUUUGUGACAGUGCUUAGCCACACACUGUCAUGUGGAGUUAAGGGUAUAGACCUGUCUAUUCUCAGUUUUACUUGGUUUACUUUCCUCUCUUGCAGUAGCAAAUUUAAAUUUUUUUAACAUUUUGUAUACAUUACAUUUUUAUCAUAAUGCAUCAGUAAUUUAAAGUUCUUACUGGUUUAAAACAAAACAUAUAUACCCUAUAACCAUGUAUAUUUUAACAAUAAACCCUUCAAGAUAAUAAUAUA